AUGCUACGUGCUGUAAAUUGUACACUUCAGACGGGGCGAAUAGGCCAGAUUUUAUCAUGCCUGCGGUAUCAAUUAUCAAGUUGGAAUAGUAACAACGUAGCAACAACGAAUGGUAUCCACACUCUGUUUAAAAAUGAGUUCCGAUGUCUACCGCAUAUGAAAACGGGACGAAAAUCGCGACGAAAGAAGAUACGAUUUUCGAGGAAGCGACAUCGAAAGAAUCGAACUGCCGGUUCAAGUACAUCGUAUGCAACGAUACCGAAAUCCUAUUCGGCAAAGAUUUUUGGCGCACUGAAAUCGCUCGAUCCGGCAAGUGUUAUGCAAGCUCAGCAGCUGAUGAAUCAGUUUGUGAAUACAAUAUUUCAACGAUCAGCACAGGAUGCACUCAGUGUAAACCAUCUACAUCCUCCUACAUAUUACUUAUUCACCGUACGAUUAACCCACAAUCAAACAAUCGGUCGAGUUGCGGCUACCAACCAACCACCAUAUUAUUGAUAAUCAAUUCGUUCUAUCGAAGAGAUGUCAUCCGGUAAUUGUCGAUUACCACCAGGCUAUCAGUUCGUUAUGAUUACUAGUCAGUGUUAUCGCCCUCCCCGGUGAUAGUGCAUGAUUAACAUUUUGGUUGCGUUGCUUACCUUUUCUUUCGAAUGAUCCUAUUUUACUUACCACUUAUUGAAUGAUUAGAAUAUCGAUACACUACAAUUGCUAAUUCAACUAGGUUUUUCCGAAAUCCUCCGAAGCGCACUACAUUCCCCCAAUGGAUAUACUGCUCGACAGUUACUCCUGCACAGUGCCACAGCCAGCAUAAGGUUGUAUUUACAUCGAUG